GACCAAAUUCUCUUUCUACCCUGGACCCAGUCCCCCAAGAGCUUCCAUGACCAGAAGUGGUAUCCCAAUUCUCCAGCUCCGGUUAGUCCCGGGAAAAUAAUUCAAUCCUCAAACCUGCUCCAACUUCGUCAAUGUUUGAUACCCCGCACUCAGGGUGCGGGGUGA